AUGAGUGACUCAGAAGAUGAAGUAUUUGAAAGUUUGAUAGCCUCAAGAGCUAGACGAUCCAAUGCUGGAUCGAGAUUGAAACAGUUGAUUCAGUUGGAGGAAGAGGCGAACGAGAAACAAGAAUCCACUAAUAGAUUUACUACAGAGGACGACGAAAACGUCAACCUUCUUUUUCAAGAAGAUGCAGACGACGAAGAGUUUGUGGAUGAGGAGGAUGAGUUCGACAAUACGAAUUUGGAUGGACUCGAAGAAGAAGAAGAAGAAGAAGAAGCAGCAGAAGCAGAAGCAGAAGACGUCGUUGACAAAGGGGAGGAAGGCAAGAAUGCAAGAGCUACACUAAAUCAAGACGGUACUAAAAAGAGACAAAAUCAAGAUGGAGGCGAUGAUCAAGAAGAAAGUGAUGGAGCAGCUGCAAACUUGGAUGAACAGUUAUCGGAUUCCGAACUAUCUGCAACAGAUUCAGAUGAAAGUGAAGGGGAAAGGGAUUUAGAAAGACAAGAGAAAGCUAAACGACGGAAAAGGGCAAAGAAACUGUCAAUUAUCCCUACAAUCAAAAAAGUUCAGUCGACGACGCAGUCCUCAAUUCCUGCAAAGAAGAAAAGAAAACUUGAAUUAGUAACUUCGGAUUCGCUUUUAUCUCUAAAUCGGCGGUCGUCUUCACGAGCCUCUACUCUUGAAAACAAACAAGCGUUAAUUGGAAAACUAAAAGAAAGUGAAAAACGGAGGCAAAAGUAUGUUCAUGUUGAACGUAAAAAGGAGCGUGAAUUAUCUCAAGAGGAGCGACUUGCACAAGCUGCAGAGACAGAGAAGGAGAAUAUUGAGUCAUUAAAUCGUUUUAAAGAACAGGAAAUAAUAAAAAAGGAGAGACAGCGACUUUCGUUGUUGUCGAAGCGAAUUAAACUACAAAAUGUUUUAAGAAUAACGAGUCGUGAAACAUAUGUUACGCCCAUUGAAGAAGUUACAGAACAACGCCGAAUAUUAGAGCUAGAGUUGAAACAAAAGAAGAAGCCUAGUAGGAAAAGAAAGCCUUCAGCCUCAAAUAAGGCAGCGGCAUCAGUAAGCACUCCUCUGAGUGUGGAACAGUCAAAGGGAGAUAGUAAAAUGGAAGACCUGAAGGUUUCCGAGAAUGGUGACAAUUCCUCAACCGUCAUUAAGAUCGAGCCGGGUGAAAAAAAAGCAGAUCUGAAUGGUACCUUUUUACCGUUGGAGCUGAACGAUUCUGGACGUGAAGCUUCAAAGAUUAAAACUGAAGUUUCGAAUUCGGCAUAUACACCUAUGGUAGACAAAUCCAAGCUAUUAGAGACAGAGAAGGGUAAUGCAUCAAAUGCAUUGAAGGAAAAUAAUACUCUGGAGCAUGAAAUUGAGCACAAAGGUAGAGAUCAAGCAAAAAAUUCCGUUGAAAUGAUUGACCAAAAUGAAACACUAGAUGAGAAACAAGAUGAGAAACAAGAUGAGAAACAAGAUGAGAAACAAGAUGAGAAACAAGAUGAGAAACAAGAUGAGAAACAAGAUGAGAAACAAGAUGAGAAACAAGAUGAGAAACAAGAUGAGAAACAAGAUGAGAAACAAGAUGAGAAACAAGAUGAGAAACAAGAUGAGAAACAAGAUGAGAAACAAGAUGAGAAACAAGAUGAGAAACAAGAUGAGAAACAAGAUGAGAAACAAGAUGAGAAAAAGCAGUUGAAUUUAUCCCUAAGUGAAGAAUUAAAUAUCUCGUGUUCAGAUAAUGAAAACAAAACACAACAAGGCUCUAACGAAACAUUACCUGUUGGAACUGACACCAAGACAGCCCAUGAAAUUGAUCUGAAAAGUGAAAAUUCCAUCUUAGAAGAAAGUGGGGCCGACAUUGGUCAAGUAGAGAGUAUACACAACGAUAAGGGUACAAAUCCUAAAAUUGAAACGGACAAAACUCUAGCUACUGAAAAAUUGAUCAAAUCUUCUCCAAACGUAAAUGACGUUGCAGAUUUACAGCUUGAUCAAUCUGAUGAUGCUGAGCAGGCUAGCCGACUCGUGAAUGAUGCAGAUGACGAAGGUGCGAUUGCAGUAAAAAAAGUUAAAUUUGCCGAUGAACCCAUGGAAGAUCUUCCCUCUACCACUAAUUCAACACCACAGCCAAGUGGAAAUCAAACUCAAACUACCAAUGAAAAUGAUUUAGCCAACUCAGAAACUAUUAAGCCACCAGAGGUGUUUGAAGGUCCAGCUCAGCGAGUAGCUCGUAACAGUAUUAGCUUGCUUGAUUUUGAAGAUAAACGAGAAUUCAGACUCAAUCCACAAAACAUCAAAACCAUUCUCCUUGGUAAGCAAUCUUUGUUGCCAGCAUCGAGAAGGUCGAAUGAUGUCAAGACCAUUUUUCGGAUUGGGAAAAAGACAAACCCAUAUGCUACAAUUAACGAGAGUAAGAUUGGUGGCUAUGAUGGUAAGUUCGAUGAAUUGUUGAUUUCUGCGGCAAAGAUUGAUGAAAAUGAUCCAUUGUUUGAUGAGUUACGAAAGUUGCCGCGUUUGGGUGUGAAGCAAGACAUUGUGGAAGUAUCUGAGGAUGCAGAAGAAAAAGAAUCAACAGAGAUUGUAAUCAAAACAGAAGCUCCAACUGGAAUGUAUCUUCCUAAUGGUAAUAGGAAAGCAUGCAUGAUCACGGGUACAGAGGUGAAAUACUUUGAUCCUUCUACUGGAAUACCAUACAGUUCUGUUGAAGCGUACAAAGUUUUGAAAUUAAUAGAAAAAGGGCAAGCUCAAUGGUUGAGCUUAGACAAUGAUGUAAAUGAUACAGGCACCGUGGACUUGUAUUUGGGCUUAAGAGGAGAAAGUGCAAGACAUGCCAAGGGAGUACCGCCAGGCUUUGCUGCUUGA